AUGGCGGUCGUGGUUAGAGCUUCAUAGAGUUUGUCUUUAUAUUUAGUAGUUUAGAAUGAUUAUGUUAAGUCAAUAAGAUCCAUAUGUUCUAUAUGCAUACUUGCUGCUGUGUUUUUGAGGCAUUGUAGGUGUGACGCUGUAAAAUGAGCGGCUGGGCCGGUUUUUCUGACGUGGAGCUUCGGAAGAUGCAGCAGCAAGACUCAGCGAUGCCCACAGCGGGAACCCGCGGGCGGAAACCGGUUCCAGCCAACCGGAGUCGGCAGCAGUUACAGCGGGAGAGGGCCCUUCAAGAAGCCGUUCAAAAAACCGCUGGAGCCGCGUCUCUUUGCCUCCCGCCGGAGCAACAGCUCACCAAACCGCCGCCGAAAGAAGAUCCUGAGCCUCAGCCAGCAGCCCCUCCAACAGGAGCUCUGGCCGUCAAACAGGGGGUGCAGCACAGACCCCCCGAGAUGAAGCCGCCUCCAGAGGAGGAGACCCCGGCCGUCAAAGAGCUGGAGACACAGGAGGUGGCACUACGGGAAAAGACGCGUCUGGAGCAACUGCAGCAGGAGCAAAAGAUAAUCGAACAGAAGAAUAAGCUUAAGAAGGCUCUGCUGACAAAAACCAUCGCCGAGAAGUCCAAACAGACUCAGGCAGAGGCUGUGAAGCUGAAGAGGAUCCAGAAGGAGCUCCAGGCCCUCGAUGACAUGGUGUCCAAUGACAUCGGCAUCCUGCGAGUAAAGAUCGAACAAGCCAGCUGGGACUUCUCCGCAGCCAGAAAGCGUUAUGAGAAGGCGGAGGUGGAGUACGUGACGGCCAAGCUGGACCUGCACAAGAAGACGGAGGCGAAGGAGCAGCUGACGGAGCACCUCUGCGCCAUCAUCCAGCAGAACGAGCUGCGUAAAGCCCACAAGCUGGAGGAGCUGAUGCAGCAGCUGCAGCUUCGGACCACUGUGGAGGAGCUGAAGAGGCAGGAGGAGGAGGAGGAGGAGAAGAAGAAGAUAGAAAGCUGCGUGGAGACGCAGAGAGUCGGGAAACAGGGCAAGGGUUCAGUGGCGGAUCAGGAGGGAACGGUGCAAUCAACCAAAGACUGUAGACCCGCAGAGGAAGAGACGGUGAUGCAGGAGAACGGAGGGGAUGUCCGGCAAGAGCACCCCCCGAUAACUGAACCCCCAAAGACCGAACAAGACUGUCAAACACUACAAAACUCUGUUCAGAGCGGAGUUGCAGCCUCCUGAUGCUCAGAUAACAUGAUCACACUCUAGGGAUUCAAGUAAUGCUAAUGUUUUCCAAUAAUCCUCUCAGCCAGAGGACGUGAGGCUCCACGCUGUAACGUCCAGGGCCGGGUGGCCAACGUCAAUUCUUUUUUGGUAUCUGCCAAAAUGAGACAUUUCAGGGUUGGGAAAGAUUGUGGUUUUGGUUACUGAGUAUUGAGAAGAGUAAGCACGUCCUGUGUUCUUUGUGACUCUUUCAAUUUUCAACCAACACGACACGUGAACUUAACAAAGGGCUUGUUGGUGUCACAGAUAUCGAGUUCGGGGAUCGGGGGAGAACGGUUGUAUCAGCGCUUCUCUUUUUGUGACGUUGCAAAUUCGUAGAUUACAAACAUUUAUUUAUUUUAUUUAUAAAAAUAAUAAUCUGGGCGGUAUUGCAUGUCCUUCACAGGGUAUUUGCUGUUGCUUAUUAGUAGUUUAUAAAAUAUUUUUUUAUUGAACUGUCAAGUAUCCAAAGCUGAUAACUAUCUGGUUCAGAUUGUACUGAUUUUGUGAUUUGAUUGAAAUCAAAACUUUGCCAGUUUUAGACUUACUUUAUAUAGACGAACUUUUUAUAAGGCUUUGAGAACUUAAGCUUCUUUAGUUGAAUGUAGAAAGGUGUCGGGGGCGGGAAAGCUAUUUAUUUUGGUGAAACGAUAUCGACACUGGUAUCGAUAGAUUGCGAUCAACACCCAGCGUGCCUGCAGGAUCAGACCCGAUCACAAUCAUCUGCAGAGUGAAUCAGAGUGUCUCGCACCCGUUAUCCUCAAUCGGUCGCUGUUUUUAUUUGUGCGCUUCCAAAACUUCCACACAUGCGGAUAAACAUGUGAAUUAUCUCUCCCGAGCAAAAAGGUUGCAUUCAGAAGAUGACUGUUUUCGAUUGUUGUCUCUUCGUGGGCAGUAAUGAAAGAUGGGCCCCGCUUACUUCCUGGAAGGAGGCCCGGGUUUGUGUUCCACACAUGAACCCUUCUGUCUUGUGUGUUGUAGACCAACACGCGGGGCUCGUGUUUCUCAAAGCUAGUUCUCGUCUUGUCAGUGCAGCCGAGGAGCAGCGGGCCUCCUGAAUGGUAAGACGAUACCUGUUAAUGUGUGUACGGAUGCUUUGGGCUGCAUGCCAUUCUGCACAGUUUACUUUCUCCGGCUGCACAAUGUGUCGACAAUAAUGUGUGACGGUGACCUGUAUGUAUGUGUGCCUGCUUGCAUGUGAAGCAAACUACAUGAAUAUAAAUAGUUAUUUAAAUUGGGUAAAUAUUUAAAGAGGUGAUGUGUAGAUAUACACUACAGUUUGAUAUUUUACGAAAAUAAACUCUUUAAAAAAGUG